AAGUUUUCGCGGUUGCCUUAGCAACUGUACCUCUGAGGGCUCACUCAGUCUCAGGGAGGCUGCUUUGGUGAGGUUCCUGGUCCCUGACCCAGCGCUUCCUGAGGUGCCUCCUUCCCUCCUUGCCUGGAGGGAUGGCGACCCCGCGGGUCUCGCAGUACCUGCCUCCGGACAUCGACCCUACCAAGAUCCCCAUUGCCUAUGGGAGCCGGGCUCUGCCCAAGCUGAACGAGGAGCUCCAGGCUGUGGAGCUGCUGACUCGGAAGAAGGCCCUCAUGGCCCUGUGUGACCGGUGCCGGCCCGAGCGUGUAGGGCCCGUCCGCUGGGUAGGGUUUCUGGAAAGCUUGAAGCACCUGCUAAAAGAUGAAGACAGCAUCGUGCGGCAAAAGACGAUUGAGAUUCUGUAUAUCAUGGCGAACCACAGCGUGGGCAGGGAAGGCUUUUUAAAGCACCAAGUCAUCCUCGCGCUUUCAGUGAUCCUGGACGACCCGGUCUUCAUGUGCCGCAUGCACAUGCACAUGGCCUACCGGAGCGUGGCCCAGGUGCCCCAAGGGGCUGACUCCAUCCUCGCCAGUGGGCUAAUCCCCUUCCUGGUGGAAAAGCUCGAGGAGGAAGAAGAGGAAAUCCAGGAGGUCAUCCUGGACACGCUCUACUUCUGCCUGCAGUGGGACUCCCUGCAGGCCUUGCAGAGUAACGCUGUACCCAUCUUGCGUGAGAAGCUCACCAGCCCCAACGAGGACAUCCGCAGCAAAGCUGCCCGCACCCUGAUGGCCAUCUGCAUGCUUCUGGAUGGGAAGAACGAGGUAUGGAGGCACGAUGUCAUUCCCCUGCUGGUGAUGUUGCUGGAUGACCCGCAUAUCGAUGUGAAAGGCAAUGCAGCAGGGGCCCUGAUGUUUGCCACAGUCACCACUGAAGGCAAGUACGCCGCCCUGGAUGCGGGAGCCAUCCCAUUUCUGCUGGAACUGCUGGAUGUCGACUUGCCCAAAGUGCGCUUGAAUGCCAUCAAGACGCUGACCAUGCUGGCCGAGGCCCCUGAGGGCCGGCGGGACCUGCUCCCGCAGGUGAACAAAUUCAAGGCUCUGUUCCAGGACCCCGUCCUGUACGUGAGGCACGCGGCUCAGAUCGCCACCAAGGUCAUCGAGUGGAAGCCCUGAAGUCCCGGCCCUGGAGAAAGACCCGAGCCAGGCUGAGCCUUCUCCCAGAACCCCCAAUAAUGAUGGUGAAUGUCUUGGCCUUCUGCCUGGUGCUUGGUUC